GCUGCUGUGGGAAGGUGUGACCUCAGAUUUUCCCCUCGCAAUCAUUUUACAGAGUUGUGGGAGAUAAACUACUGCGUGGCUGUCCUCCAAAGAGGCCACUAAACCUCCAAGCACACGCGCUCUCACAAUAAACAACUCUUCACACCAUUAUCCACGGGAUUACAGUGUUUUCUGUGACACCUGCUACAUAUUUGGGCGUGCGCAGCUUUAACCUGCCAACGGGGGUUUGUGUCUGACAGCUGAAAUAAAUAACUUCUGGUGGUUUCCACUGGAACGUCACGUCUCAAGCUCCAUAGUGAAAUAUGACAGACACAAUAUUUGGCAGUGAGAAUGAGCACUGGGUCUGUCCCAAUGACAGACAACUAGCGCUUAGAGCAAAGUUAUGUACAGGCUGGUCCAUCCACACAUUUCAAUCUGAGAGACAAAGAAAAACUCAGACACUUGAGAAAAGAGAGCUGGAUCUGAUCAUGAGUGUUAUCCACCGCGCUGAGCAGCUCGAGAUCAUUGAGCAGCACCGGAUUGGGCGUCUAGUGGAGCGUCUGGAGAACAUGAGGAGAUCUGCUGUGGGAAACGGCCUGUCACAGUGUUUGCUGUGUGGAGAGGUGUUUGGACUGCUGAGCUCUUCGUCUGUCCUCUGUUUGGGCUGCUGCAUGAAGGUGUGCACUAAGUGUGGAAUCGAGACUGCAGGCAGUCAAAAAAGGGCUCAGUGGCUUUGCAAGAUCUGCAGUGAACAGAAAGAGGUAUGGAAACGUUCUGGAGCCUGGUUCUACAAAGCCUUGCCGAAGCAUAUUCGUCCCAUUAAGGAUUCAAUUCUAGAUAACAGGAUGCCAGUAAUAGAAAGAGGAGAGCAGCUGCCAGUGACCAGGAGUGCGCCAAUCAGCUACACAUGGGCUCAAAGCAAAGUUAACUUAAGUGAAAGCGAUGGCAGUGAUGCCGAGCUCAGUGAAUGCAGCAGUGACAGGAAGACCUUCAUGUCUGAGACCGAUCAAAGAAGAGAUUCCGAAUCGAGUGGAGGCCAAGUGCAAACACCUCUGCAGUCCAGCAUCACCGGUCCAAAUCCAACCAGCUUACACACGGAAAGCCCUUCCAGCAUGGCCAGCGAGCAAAGCAGUAGCAGUUUCAAUUCGGGUCUGGAGGAAGAGGUCAUGGACCAUAGUCGACCUUUACUAAUUCCCCCGGCCCUCAGCCGCACCGGCUCUCUGAGGAGCACCUCCACCAGCCAGAAGUCCGAGGGCCCUAAACAGGAUGAGGAUGACCUGGACCAAGCCUUCGGUGCCACCGCACUCGUGGCCAGCAAGAAAGAGGAAGAGCCGGAUGUGGAAGGCUAUGAUUCAGACGACUCCACUACGCUCGGCACUCUGGACUUCAGCCUCCUGUAUGAUCAGGAGAACAAUGCCCUGCACUGCACUAUCAACAAAGCCAAGCUUCCUGUACCAAGAUACAAAAAGGGACUCAAACCAAUGGAUCACAAUGGGCUGUCAGAUCCCUAUGUUAAGCUGCACCUGCUGCCUGGAGCUAGUAAGGCCAAUAAGCUCCGCACCAAGACCCUACGCAACACUCUCAACCCUGUCUGGAGUGAGACCCUGACGUAUUAUGGGAUAACUGAUGAAGAUAUGGUUCGCAAAACACUCAGGAUUUCAGUGUGUGACGAGGAUAAAUUCCGCCACAACGAAUUCAUUGGUGAAACCCGAAUCCCCUUGAAGAAACUCAAACCCAACCAGACUAAGAACUUCAGCAACUGUUUGGAGAAACAGCUUCCUAUCGACAAAACAGAUGACAAGUCUCUGGAGGAGCGAGGGCGCAUCAUGAUCUCUCUGAAGUACAGCUCUCAGAAGUGUGGCUUAGUGGUGGGCAUCAUCCGCUGUGCCCAUCUCGCUGCCAUGGAUGCCAAUGGCUUCUCUGACCCCUAUGUUAAAACGUAUCUCAAGCCAGAUGAGAACAAAAAAUCAAAGCACAAGACAGCUGUCAAAAAGAAGACCCUCAACCCCGAAUUUAAUGAAGAGUUUUUCUAUGAGAUCAAGUACGCUGAUCUCAGCAAAAAGACCCUGGAGGUGACGGUUUGGGACUAUGACAUCGGCAAAUCCAAUGAUUUCAUUGGUGGACUCUCUUUAGGAAUCAAUGCCAAUGGCGAGAGGCUAAAACACUGGUUUGACUGUCUGAAAAACAAGGACAAGAAAAUCGAGCGCUGGCACACGUUAACCAAUGAACUCCCUGGUUCAGGGUACAAUGACUGAAAGGCUCUCAUUCUAGUGGUUGCACCGAUGCCCUGCCUCUUUCCUACAUGAUGUUGAUGUAAAGCCCAGCAGCCUGAUGGAUGGAUCAACACUCCAGCAGUCCACUGAUUUAGAGAUGGGUGCCAGUAUCUGCUCCCAACUAACACACCUGCUCUAUCUCUUGUACUUUUCCUGGUGUUGAGCUUACAGUCUGAUUGUGUCGCUUGAUGUGGCUUUUGGGCUUAUAUAAGGGUCUUUAAUCAGCCUGUGUUUGUACAACCUCAUUGAAAAUGCAGAGAUGUCCCCACACCCAACAAGAGAUCAGUCCCCAUCUUCAAAUAUUUAACCACACUCUACUGUUCUCUUUCUCCAUUCUCUUGGCUAUUUUCGACGUUUAAUGUGUAUUCAAGAAUGCUGUUUACAGACAUUAGCUCUCAGUAAAUGUAUCAUUAUGCG